GCAGCGCGGGGCGGCGGCGGCCGCCGGACGUUGGGAGCGCGGAGGAGGAAGGCGAGAAAAUGGCGUCGACGGAUUAUAGUACCUAUAGCCAAGCAGCAGCUCAGCAGGGCUACAGCGCCUAUGCACCUCAGCCAGCUCAAGGAUAUGCACAGACCACCCAGACCUACGGGCAACAGAGUUACGGCACCUACGGCCAACCCACGGACGUCAGCUACACACAGCCCCAGACCACCUACGGGCAGACGGCGUAUGCCACGUCCUACGGGCAGCCCCCCGCUGGUUACACCACCCCGACUGCCCCCCCAGCGUACAGUCAGCCCGUCCAGGGGUACGGCACAGCCGCCUACGACACCAGCACAGCCACAGUGACCACCACCCAGGCUUCCUACGCCGCGCCGGCCGCCUACGGCACGCAGCCCGCCUACCCGGCCUACGGGCAGCAGCCCGCCGCCGCCCCCGCCAGACCCCCAGAUGGCAGCAAACCACCAGAGAGCAGCCAACCCCCAUCGAGUACAACAGGCUACAGCCAGCCCAGCCUGGGCUAUGGGCAGAGCAACUACAGCUACCCCCAGGUGCCAGCCACCUACCCCAUGCAGCCGGUCGCCGCACCUCCCUCCUACCCUCCUACCAGCUAUUCCUCUUCACAGCCGAGCAGUUACGACCAGAGCACUUACUCCCAGCAGAGCAGCUACGGACAGCAGAGCACCUAUGGACAGCAGAGCAGCUACGGACAGCAAAGCAGCUACGGGCAGCAGCCACCUCCCACCAGUUACCCACCACCCACAGGCUCCUACAGCCAGGCCCCCAACCAGUACAGCCAGCAGAGCAGCAGCUAUGGCCAGCAGAGCUCGUUCCGUCAGGAGCACCCCAGCAGCAUGAACGUGUACGGACAGGACUCGGGCGGCUUCUCAGGCCCGGGAGAGAACCGCAACCUGAGCGGCCCCGAGAGCCGGGGCAGGGGCAGAGGGGGAUAUGACCGAGGAGGCAUGAGCAGAGGUGGGCGGGGAGGAGGACGUGGUGGAAUGGGCAGCGCUGGAGAGCGAGGUGGCUUCAAUAAGCCUGGUGGACACAUGGAGGAAGGACCGGACCUUGAUUUAGGCCCUCCCAUGGACCCCGAGGAGGACUCGGACAACAGCUCGGUUUAUGUGCAGGGACUCAAUGAGAACGUGACCCUGGAGGAUCUCACUGACUUCUUCAAACAGUGUGGUGUUGUCAAGAUAAACAAGAGGACUGGGCAGCCUCUGAUAAACCUCUACAUCGACAAAGAGACCGGCAAGCCCAAGGGAGACGCGACGGUAUCUUACGAUGACCCGUCCACCGCCAAAACAGCCAUCGAGUGGUUUGAUGGGAAAGAUUUCCAGGGGAGCAAACUCAAAGUCACCCUGGCACGGAAGAAGGGCCCCAUGAACAGCCUGCGGGGCGGGAUGCCCCCCCGGGAGCAGCGGGGAAUGCCGCCCCCUCUCCGUGGAGGUAACACACACCCCUUCCUCCUCCUCCUCCUCCUCCCCACACCCUCCCCUCCUCCUCCUCCUAACCCAGCCUCCCUUGCAGGGCCAGGGGGUCCCGGCGGCCCUGGAGGCCCCAUGGGCCGGAUGGGAGGCCGAGGUGGCGACAGGGGUGGCUUCUCCUCGAGAGGACCGCGGGGCUCCCGGGGAAACCCGUCUGGCGGCAGCGUCCAGCACCGAGCGGGCGACUGGCAGUGCCCCAACCCGGGCUGUGGAAACCAGAACUUCGCCUGGAGAACAGAGUGUAACCAGUGCAAGGCUCCCAAACCCGAGGGCUUCCUCCCACCUCCUUUCCCCCCUCCAGGAGGUGAGCGCGGCAGAGGCGGCCCCGGGGGGAUGAGAGGCGGCCGAGGCGGCGGCGGCGGCGGCCUCAUGGAGCGCGGGGGCCCCGGGGGCAUGUUCCGAGGCGGCCGCGGUGGAGACAGAGGCGGAUUCCGAGGAGGCCGGGGCAUGGAUCGAGGGGGCUACGGAGGAGGCGGCCGGCGAGGAGGAGGAGGAGGAGGCGGCCCCGGCGGCCCCCCAGGCCCGCUGAUGGAACAGAUGGGAGGCGGAGGCAGAGGCGGCCGGCGCGGAGGACCCGGCAAGAUGGACAAGGGUGAGCACCGCCAGGAGCGCAGAGAGCGGCCCUACUAGCAGCGCCCCGCCCGCCGCCCCCGCCCCUUUCCUACCAGAUUUAUUUUUUAAACCAGAAGAAGAAGAAAAAAGAAAAAAAAAGCAAAAGUUUUAACUUUAUAAUUCCAUAUUUAUAAUGUUGGCCACAACAUUAUGACCAGCCCUUGUCUGUACUUUAGUAUUUUUCACCGUUUGUUGAGAAACAUUAAAACAAAGUCCAACGUUA